ACGCUGCGAGCUGCGACUUCCCAGCUCCAUCACAUCCACUUUUUUUUUCCUUUUCCUCCACACACUCGGUCCUUUCUUUUUAAAAGAAGCGCUGCGGCUUAUCCACACAUCCCCGAAGGAACAAACACUCUCGUAGGAUCGGUUACUAUCGGGCACUUUCUCUCUCUCUCUCUCUCUCUUUUUUAAAAAUUUUUAUUGUUUUUUUUUUUUUUUUAUUUUGUGAAACACUCCUCUGUAACCCUCCUGUGGCUGAUAUUCGAGUUCCCCCAAUGGCUCUGCGUGUGGCGCUGCUCUGCUCUCUGUUCGGGCUUCUCCUCGGACAAGGAGAAAAGCACACCGCAGUAGAUGACUGCUGUAAAAACGGCCAGAAGCAUGCGAACGAUAACAAUGACUGUGCAUCCCUCCCCCUCAUUUCCUCUUCAAUGACUUGCAGGAUAGCGCAGGAGCAGUGCUGUGUGUCAGUGCUGGAGGACAACAUGUGUUCCACCGGCAUCAACGUGGCAAAAGACCAGGGAGUCUGCGAUUCUCUGCUUGCCGGCACCUGCGAGACCAAGACAACAAAGACCUGCUGCGACUGUUGUCUUCUGGGGAAAGAAGCUCAGGAGCUGAACAUACCCUGCGACCACAACCUGUCCGUGGGCUACCAGUGCAGCCUGGUGUCCCGGGCCUGCUGCAUGGACGGAGCCUCAGACAACCAGACAGCAGCACUGGGACAAUCUGAAUUACCCAACCAGGACGGCAGCGCUGGCGUAGCAGUGGGAGUUGAUCCAUGCAAAGGAAAAUGUGACCACGUCUGUGUCGGGAUUGACUCCUGCGCCUGCAUGAAGGGCUACAAACUCAAACCGGACGGGAGGAGCUGCGAGGACAUCAACGAGUGCCUACUUGGAUCCAGCAACUGCCGGGGGGGAGAGCGUUGCAUCAACACCGAGGGUUCGUUCCGCUGCAUGAGAGAGGUCAGCUGCGGGACCGGCUACGAGCUCACCGAAAACAACGACUGCAAAGACAUAGAUGAGUGUGAGACGGGGAUCCACAACUGCGGUGAACAGUUCACGUGUCAAAACACCCAGGGGUCGUUCCGCUGCACCCCGAAGAACACCUGCGGCUCGGGCUUCAUCCAGGACGCGCUCGGAAGCUGCAUCGAUAUCAACGAAUGUGUCUCCCAGUCGAGUCCGUGCCACCGAGGGCAGAUCUGUGUGAACACGGUCGGCUCCUACAUCUGCCAGAGGAACUCUGUGAACUGCGGUCGUGGAUACCACCUCAACGAAGAGGGCACGCGCUGCGUCGAUAUCGACGAGUGCAAGGGAGCCGAGCAGGUCUGCUCAGGCCACGCUUGCAUCAACCAGCUGGGAUCGUACCGCUGCGAAUGUGAAACCGGGUACAACUUUAACAGCAUCAACCGGCUCUGUGAAGAUAUUAAUGAGUGCAGGCACUACCCUGGACGACUAUGCGGUCACAAAUGUGACAACACCCCUGGGUCCUACAAGUGUAGCUGCACCACAGGCUUCCAACUGGCCAGGGAUGGCCGGAACUGCGAUGACGUGAAUGAGUGUGAGAGCAACCCGUGCAGCCAGGAAUGUGCCAACGUGUACGGCUCCUACCAGUGUUACUGUCGCCGUGGCUACCAGCUCAAUGACAUAGACGCCAUGUCUUGUGAAGAUAUUGAUGAAUGCGCCCUUCCCACUGGCGGCCAUAUUUGUUCCUAUCGCUGCCACAACACACCGGGAAGCUUCCACUGCUCCUGCCCUGCCAACGGCUACACAUUAGCAGUGAACGGGCGCAGCUGCCAGGAUGUCGACGAAUGUGUAACGGGAAGACACACUUGCACGGAAAAUGAGAGCUGCUUCAACAUCCAGGGCGGGUACAGGUGCUUGUCCUUCGACUGUCCCAACAACUACAGGCGUGUUGGACAGACUCGAUGCGAACGCUUGCUUUGCAACGACUCUGUCGUUUGCCCGAUCUUGCCCCUGAGAAUAACCUACUACUACCUCACGUUCCCCACCAACAUUCCCGUCUUCACCAAUAUCUUCCGCAUGGGCCCCUCCCACACGAUGCCUGGCGAUGACAUCCAGGUGGCGCUCACCGCCGGCAACGAGGGGGGGUUCUUCAAGGCCGAGCGCACGCCCACCGGCGGCGUUAUGUCGGUGGGAAGGCUCAUCGACAAGCCGCAGGACUUCAAGCUGGACUUGGAGAUGAGGCUGCGUCGCUACAGCACGGUCUCCAUUUACCUGGCUAAGAUUCUGGUGUUUGUCACCCAGGAGGAGCCCAAAGUACCAUACAACCCCUUCCAGGAGUAAACACAGGACUUGUUGAGGAUUAAACACAUUAGUUUACUAUUAGAAAAAGAAUGUUUCACACAAUAUUGAUGAUAAAAUGUAGAUGUAUAUUCUUCAAAAUACAGGGAAACUCUACAAUUAUUGGCACCCCCAGCAACAAGGUGUAAAAAGUCUUAAAUAAAUUCAUAUUAAACUAUAUCUCACGGAAUAUUUUGUUAUUACUUGUUCAUACUUGGAGCUCGGUCUGACACAAUAAUAAAUUUUUCAUGAAUGAUAAAUUUUCCCAGAAGCUAUAUUGUGAUAAACAAUAAUUGUUGUUUUGAGGCCAUUUUCAAGUGUUAUAACAGUAAUGGCAUAGAAACCCAAGAACACAUUCUCAAAGAUCAAUAAACUUUAUUAAACAUUUAACACUGGAACUGGAAGACACUUUAAAUUUCCAAAAUAAAUUAAUAGAACACCAGAAACAAAAAAUAAAAUAACUUAAUUGAUUUAUUGCUAAUUGUGACAGACCUACCUACCUGUCAAGUCUCCAGUUUUGGUCGAGAAACUACCAUAUUUAACCUCUCUUUCCCAGGGUGCUUCCAUAAUAGUAUUUUCUCGUAAAUUUACCAUUUUAUAUCAUAUGUAGUCUCCGCCCCUGCACCACCGCUCCGGACGGCGAAACAUUUUCCACAUUUUCAAAUCCAAACCUUCGCAGGAAUGAGGCCUACCUGGAGCAGAAGUGAUGUCCGACUGUGUGCGUGAGUGUCACUAAUGUAAGAAAUUGAUUAGAAUCGUGAAAGGAGGACAAAUUUGACGUUUUAAAUUGUCUUUAGCAUCAAAUGUUAGCUUCUAGCAUGACAGUUAGCGUUACUGAACGUUAACGUCAGUUACUGCACGUAAACUCUUUAUUCUGGGAUUCCCAGUGUAAAGACGAAAUCCUAGAGAAUGUUUUGGAACAUACAACGUAGGAUUAAAUCUUUAAUGAAUAUUAGGUGGUUGCUACACUUGCUAACUUCCUGUAAGCCAUUGGUUAGUGUAAACCUUGGAAAUAAGCUUUUCCUGUUUUGUGCCGUCAUCGCAUCUAUCUUAUUGAUACAAUUCAGAAGAAGUCUGUCUUUCUUGAAUGGCAUGCCAUCUCUCAUAGUUCAAAUAAUCAUUUUGAGUGGAGUUGUUAGUGGUGCCAAUAAUUGCAGUGUUUUAUUACUUAUUAAAACAAUUAUUGUUUUAAUGACUAAAUGUACUCAAUGUAAAUUUUGAACAUUUCUGAUUAUGCUACUGCAGUAGAAGACUUUUUAGGCAUUUUUAUAAGAAUAACCCAAUAAAACUUUGAUGACAUCUUACAUAUUAAACACUUUAAAUCCCAAGUUUUAAAAAAAUCACUUAGCUAACAGUGACUGUCGCUUGAAAUUAUUUAAGUUUACGAAGAAAUUAUGUGUCUGGAAAGAAUCCUAUCUUAAGAAUUAAAGUUAGAAAACAAAGUUUUCUCUUUCAGUAUUUUACAUGAUCAAUUGCUUAACCCCUUAAGCUAAAACGUCAUCUUUCUGGAGUGUUUUUGCUUUUCCCAUUUUAGUGGCUGCAUUGUCACAGCCACAACUGUAGGUGGCGUCCUCGGUCCGUCCGGGUAAAUGUCCAAACGGUAACAACCCUCAGCAAGCCCUGUGAGUGCAGUGUAACUUGACAACAGUUGCAUGAUAAAGUCUGACAUUCUGCAGCG